CGAAGUGCGACAGGCGUGUCUAGCGCUUGAAAUUCACUUUGCCUGGAGUUCCGAUUAACUUUGUCAAAGUUCCCUGCAGUCCUGGUUCGCUUUGCAGGCGCGUACACCCUCUGCAGUCACUCAGCUAGUCUUUAUCAUGUAUGACAGCCAUGCUCCGCAGCUUUUCCUGUCUAUAUUCCUCUUCUGUUUCGGAGUGAAGGCGAUGACUGAUCACUCCUGUUAUGACACGGACUUAGUGGACAUGGUGGUCCCGGUGGAGCUCUCUGGAGAGGAAGCUCACCUGUUACAUGACUCAUCCAGGCGCAGCGCGCGUCGACGCGGCCAGCGCUCUGUCGAUUCCCGGGGUGGACUAAACUCUGUGGAGGACAGCUUAUUUUUCUCUUUACCUGCUUUUGGAAAAGACCUGUACUUACGCCUGAAAAGGGAUGCUUCUUUUCUGUCUGAGGGGUUUGUGGUCGAGGAGAGGGGAGGCGAAAGAGACCCCCCUAAAUGGUCGCACCUGGCCAGAGACCAGCUCUGCUUUUACUCGGGAUGGAUUGUCAACCACACCGACUCUUUUGCCUCCCUCAACACCUGCGGCGGUCUGACUGGACUGGUCUAUACAGGAGAGGACAGUCUCUUCAUCCAGCCGGCCAGCAGUUCUUCCAGCUCCUUCUCCGGGCUGCAGCACAGGGUGGUCCGACACCGACGCUCAGCCAAGACCAGCCCUCCUUCUGUCCCUCCCCCUGGAUCCACAGCUGCAGACAAGCAGCCCAAGGACUGCGGCACCAUUACAGGUGAGUGACAGAAAUGUUGAAUGGUGGAUAGUGGAUAUUGGAUACCAUUGGACCGCCACUGCCACUUUCGAUUGAUUUGGUGGAUUUUGGAAGGGAAAGGAAAGGGAUUGGAGUGAGAGAGUGGAUCCUCCAUGUCUGUGAAGUGUGGCUGUACUUUGUCAUUGUUUUAGUAACGAUCAAUCAAUAGUCGAAGUGACAACUGCAUGUACAUUAGAUAACAGUAAUGUUAUGGUUGUGGUCUAAUUGAUUUUCAAAAGCUUCAUUACCAUACAUGGAAGUUUAUUAGGCCCCUUUGUAACUUCUAUGCAUAACUUAUUCUAGUCAGUAGGGUUCAAAUGUAAUCAGAAGCUUUGAAGGAAGGAGAGAAGUAGUCCAUUAGAAGCUUUGAAGGAAGGAGAGAAGUAGUCCAUCAGAAGCUUUGAAGGAAGGAGAGAAGUAGUCCAUCAGAAGCUUUGAAGGAAGGAGAGAAGUAGUCCAUCAGAAGCUGUAAAGGAAGGAGAGAAGUAGUCCAUCAGAAGCUUUGAAGGAAGGAGAGAAGUAGUCCAUCAGAAGCUUUGAAGGAAGGAGAGAAGUAGUCCGUCAGAAGCUU